GGCGCGUGCGUGUUUCCGGCUCCGCUGCGGAAGCGGGCGACCAGAGCGGUUAGGCCUUAAGGCGGUCUGAAGAAGCGGGCAGGGCGCGGGACGCGAGUGCAGACCACCGAGCGUGGGUCGGGGACGGCGCGAUGGGCGGAGAGCAGGAGGAGGAGCGUUUCGACGGCAUGUUGCUGGCCAUGGCACAACAGCACGAAGGCGGCGUGCAGGAGCUUGUGAACACCUUUUUCAGCUUCCUUCGACGCAAAACGGACUUUUUCAUUGGAGGAGAAGAGGGGAUGGCAGAGAAGCUCAUCACACAGACCUUUAACCACCACAACCAGCUGGCCCAGAAGGCCCGGCGGGAGAAGCGAGCUCGGCAGGAGGCUGAGCGGAGGGAGAAGGCAGAGCGAGCAGCCCGACUGGCCAAAGAAGCCAAGGCAGAGAACUCGGGGCCGCAGAUCCAGGAGCUGACGGAUGAGGAGGCAGAGAGGCUCCAGUUGGAGAUUGACAAGAAAAAGGACGCGGAGAAUCAUGAGGCCCAGCUUAAGAAUGGCAGCCUUGGCCCCCCAGGGAAGCAGCUGAGCACCACUGACUGUGAGCAGGAGGCUGAGGAGGAUGAAGAAGAGGAGGACGAGAAGGACAAAGGGAAGCUGAAGCCUAACUUGGGAAACGGGGCUGACCUGCCCUUCUACCGUUGGACCCAGACCCUGUCGGAGCUGGACCUGGCAGUGCCCUUCCAUGUCAACUUCCGGCUGAAGGGGAAGGACGUGGUGGUGGUCAUCCAGCGACGGCACCUCCAGGUGGGGCUCAAGGGGCAGCCAGCGGUCAUUGAUGGGGAGCUGUACAAUGAAGUGAAGGUAGAGGAGAGCUCCUGGCUCAUUGAGGACAACAAGGUGGUGACUGUGCAUUUGGAGAAGGUCAAUAAGAUGGAGUGGUGGAGUCGCUUGGUAUCCAGUGACCCUGAGAUCAAUACCAAGAAGAUUAACCCUGAGAAUUCCAAGCUGUCAGACCUGGACAGUGAGACACGGAGCAUGGUGGAGAAAAUGAUGUAUGACCAGAGACAAAAGUCCAUGGGGCUGCCCACCUCGGAUGAGCAGAAGAAACAGGAGAUCCUGAAAAAGUUCAUGGAUCAGCAUCCAGAGAUGGACUUCUCCAAGGCCAAGUUCAACUAGCUCUGUGUUUGCCUCCCUGAACUCUUGGGGCUGAGCCCCCAGCCAUCCAACCUCCUUUCCCACCAUUCCCUGGGACUUGGGGAGCCUCAGGGCUGGGGCAAGCAUGGGGCUGGCCCGGGUACAUGGGUUCCAGGACAUCAUGGGAGAAGGGCUGGGGCCUUGGAGGUCGUGUCCUCCCUGGUAGGCCUACUGUUACACAUUAAAGCUAUUUACCUGGCUCGA